AUGGGGAUCUUUAAACGAAGUAGAGCGAAGCAACACAAUAAUUUCAUGGGUAGGAGCCUCAUUCGAAACAAGCUGAGACAAAAAGAAGAGUCGGAAAAUAUGCUUUAUUCCAAAAUAGGAAAUGAUGAAAGUACAAUAAAAGUUAGCAAAAAAACUUCUAUUUUGAACAAAGAUCCUUUAGAUGAUUACUUAGACAAUCAACUGGUUAUAAAUGAUGUACAAGUCAGCAAAGUAUUUCUUCAAAAAAACGAAAUAAAAGAAAAAAAAGAAAAAAAUAUAUAUCCAAAUACAAAUCAAAUUAACCUGAAUGUUCAUAAUAUUGUUCUCCCUGUACCUGGGAGGCCUUUCUUUUUAAACAAUCAGGAUAAAAUAAAUAUUAUACUUAAUGAAAGAGAAAACACAAUACAAGCAAAGAAAAAGAAAAAGAAAAGAAAAAAUGUUAAACAAAUUACAUUUUUAAUGAGUGGAAAGAGCCUCAUACCUAUUAAUGUCAGGAGCUCCAAAAACGAGACUUCAAAAAAAAAAAAAAUUAAAAAUUCUAAAUGUGGGAAGAAGUCGGGAAGGGGCGUUCCAGAGGCGGAGCAUAUAGAGCAGUCGGAGGAGGACCAGCAUAGUGAGUUGGAAGAACAGGAGCAUCAUAGAGAGCAGUUGGAGGAGGACCAGCAUAGUGAGUUGGAAGAACAGGAGCAUCAUAGAGAGCAGUUGGAGGAGGACCCGCAUAGCGAGUUGGCAGAACAGGAACAUCAUAGAGAGCAGUCGGAGGAGGACCUGCAUAGCCAGUUGGCAGAACAGGAACAUCAUAGAAUAACUUCUCCUGUCGAGCUGCCGAGCGACGAACCGCGGAACGAACCUUCGAGUGGCCAUUAUUUGAAGGGGGGAAAAUAUGCGGACAGAUUAGCUUACGAUUUAAAAUACGUUCGUAUGUAUGAAGAGAGAGGAAAAAGGUACAGGGAAGAGGGAGAAGGGAAAAGAGUGUUAAAUAAAGAAAGUAUAGAUAAAUACGAGUUGGAAUAUUUUAUAGAGUGGAGAAAGGUAUUAAGUGAUAUAGAAGAGAAAGAAGGAUAUAUAUUAACACCAUAUGAGAAGAAUAUAGAAUACUGGAAACAGUUAUGGAGAGUAAUAGAAAAAAGUCAUGUAAUAUUUUAUAUUAUUGAUGCUAGGAAUCCUUUAUUUUUUUAUUGUAAAGGAUUAGAAUAUUAUAUCAAAAGAGUAGAUAAGAGAAAGGAGUUUAUUAUCAUUUUAAAUAAAUCUGAUUUUUUAAAUUAUGAACAAAGAAAAAUUUGGUCCGAAUAUUUUGAACAAAGGAAUGUUAAAUUUAUUUUCUUCUCAGCACUGAGAGAAUUGUACAAUCAAAACAUGGUAUUGAUAAGGAAUUAUAAUACUACUACUGUUAUGAAGCAGUAUAAUAAUAUGCACAUGGAUAAUGACGAAUUGAUAAAAAGGGAAAGCAAUGAAAAAAUGGAGGGUGUUCAUUAUUAUUCUCUCUAUGCAAAUCAUUUCUGUCAAGAUGAUGCAUUACCAAAUGAUGAUAUAAAAGACCAAUUGGUGAACAUAGGUUAUGGUAAUUUAAAUUAUGAAAGGAAAAAAAAUGAUAAUACAGAUAUAUUAAGUGUAAACGAUUUAAUAUUUUUUAUUAAAAAUAUAAAAAUGCAAAUAAAAGAAUUAUAUCAUGAUAUAGAAUUAGAAACGUUCUCAAUACCAAGAUUUAUGGUAGGCUUUGUCGGUUUUCCAAAUGUGGGUAAGAGUUCAAUAAUUAAUUCUUUGAUAGGUGAAAAAAAAGUUAGUGUUAGUCCACAACCAGGAAAAACUAAGCACUUUCAAACUGUUCCUUUAAAAAGUUUAGAUUUUUCUGUUUGUGAUUGUCCAGGUUUAAUAUUCCCAACCCUAGUUUUUAAUAAAUAUGACUUGUUCAUUAAUGGCGUUUGUUCAAUUGAUCAUUUUAAAGGAAACUUCGUUCAUCUUGUUCAAAUCCUUUGUAAUAUUAUUCCAGAGCAGUUAUGCGACCACUAUAAAAUUAAUAAAAACGUCAUUCACAAGGUUGUAUAUGGAGGUGGAGAAGGACAUAAAGGUGGUGGAGUUGGUAGAGAGUGUAAGCAGAGUGGAAGCAGCGAAAAGAGCGAAAACGGUAAAGAGAAAACAUAUCUAUUCUUGGAUGCAAUGGACUUUUUGCGUUCUUUUUGCACCGCUAGAAAGUACGUAUCAGGAGGAAAAGGAGGCUUAUUAAAUUUUAACGUGGCAACUAGACAAAUAAUCAGAGAUUUUAUAGCAGGAAAUCUUCAGUACAACUUCAUGCCCUCCUACUUGAGCGAAAACGCGAGCUUUCAUCAGAGAAUGAUGGAGAGGACUCCCCAUCCCAACUGUGCGGACGUGCCCCUCUUCAGUGACUGCGAUUCACAGGAGAAUGUUUUGACAACCAAGAGGAAAUUCCGCUACAUGCAGAAGCAAAUGAUGAAGGGGAAAAACUUUUUGAAAUGCUGCAUUAAUGUGUGA